AACCUCUCUGCCGGCCGCUCUUUCCAGCCGGCGCCCGGCGCUGCGGCGCGCGGCGCGGCCAUGGCGGGCGCGGGGCUGAGCGAGCGGGAGCGGGCGGGCUGCCGGGACCUGCUGGAGCUGCUGCGCACCGAGGAGCUGCUGGCGCUCACCGACACCGUCACCAACCGCCUGGUGCACCCGGAGAGCCGCCAAGAGGCCAUUCAUGCCAUUCUGGUGUACAGCCAGAACGUGGAGGAGCUUCUGAGGCGCAGGAAGGUCUGCAGAGAAAUCAUCUUCAGGUACUUGGCAGCUCAGGGGGUCGCAGUGCCCCCCUCCUCGGAGAAGCACCUGCUGAUCGAGCGCGUCCGGCAGCUCUGGGCAGGGCAGCUCCCAGCCCCAGGGCCCAGGAAACCUGCACAGAGUCAUGGAAAUGGACAGAAGUCACCAGAGGAUGACAUUGGUGGUCUAGGAGGAGAAUUCUGCCAGUGGUACUUUGAGCUCCUGAACUCUCAGCACCCUUUGGGAGUAAAAUCUGAAGAGACAUGGGGACCACAGCAUUUUUGGGAGGAUGCCAAACUGAAGUUCUGUUACAACACUUUGGAGAAAAACGUGGAACAGUAUGUGGGUGCAGACAUGGUGAGCCUGCGCCUGCUGUCCUUGGUUAAAGAAGAAUGUCUCCUCUUCAACCCCAAUUUGCAUUCCAGUGGCCUGAAAUGUGCCAUGUCCCCUCAUGGGCUGGUGCUGGUGGCAGUGGCUGGCACAGUGCACAGAGACAAUACUUGUUUGGGUGUCUUUGAGCAAAUCUUUGGGCUCAUCAGCUGCCCCAUGAGGAACAACACCUGGAAAAUAAAACUGGUGAACCUUAAAAUAGUAGGACAGAAUGCUCUGGAGCCUGGCAUGCAAAUUGAAAAACCUUCCAUAAAAUAUGAGUCAAACCAGCUGAGAGAGUUCUAUGAUGGGAAUGAACUGACUGUGUUUGAACCUCAGAAAUUCUGAGCAUUUUAUCACAGCUGCUGAGGGGUUGGGUUGUUGCUGCCAUGCAGUUUCUCUUCUCUGAGUAAGAUUUGCUGAGUGGCAAGCUGAGAUACAGGGUAUUAACACAGGUGAUGCUUGUGGGCACUUUCCAAGAGCUAACAAAUAUUUCAUAGGUAUUCCUUCAAGUUUUGCACUGUCAUUAGAGUGGAGUUUUGUUACAUUUAAAUAUGGGUUUGCAGCAGUGUGUAAUGAGGGGUUCACAAACUGCAAAUUCUCUUCAGGACACCUGAAACUCUUCACCUGAGCUGUAUCAACAAGUCAUUGCAUCUGAAUUUUGAAAUUUGGGAGGGCUGAGUGUCUAAAGGACAUCUGAGUCCCAAGAAAACCAACAGAAACCCAAACCAAACCACUGUGAAUAGAGGCAGCUGCUGUAGGUCUUCUAAAUGUGGUUUAAUGGGACAGUGCAGGGAACUUGGCAUUGUUAAAGUAUUUUUUUUAACUUCUUUGCAUUAAUUGCUUCCUGUCCUUUUACCUUGUGAUUCCAAUUUUGUCAUGAAUACACACAAACUAUCUCUGUCCCCAGGCAGACAAGCUUGAGAUGAUUUCCCAUUUCUAGCACUGACUGUCUUGGACCAAGAACUUGAUUUGAAAACUUGCAGCAACACUGUAUGAACCAAAUGCUCUGGUAGUUAUUUUGUGUAUAAUUACAACAGAGUCCUUAAUAUAAUAGUUGUGAUUUUUGUAUGUUUUCUCAAAAUAUGUAUUUUGUUUACUCUGAGCUGCUUUAUUACAUGUACUGAAAGUCCAUUUGUUACCACUGGGUGGUUACAAUGAUAGGCCAUGCUAAGAAAAGUGUUCAAGUACUACUUAAUAACUGAAAUUAUUGCCAGUGUAAAACUUGAUUGAUUUUUUUUUUUUUUUUACUUUAUUUAUUUAUAGGGGAUUAGAGCUGAAAUGAAGUGAAAACUUCUUUUUCUGCGUCUUGUUUGGGUUGUUUGGGAGUUUUGUUUUAAUUUUUUGGCUUCACUAUUUAAAGUUCUGAAAACACAAGCAUUCCCCAUAACUUAGCAGAACCAAAGGAACUGUUCCCAGGUUUGUCAUGGUAAGGUUUAGCUGGGUGAGAGGAAACAAGAAGGUUCAGAACUGAUUUUUAUGAACAGUCUGAUUCUUGCUUUCUCCUUAAAGUAAUUUCUUUUCUAAGCAAAAGUUCAGAUACUGUGUUGGGAUGUUCUUUCUCAAUAAACAGCUGAGUUGUGGCUUCUAAUUUUUCUGUUGUUUAGAACAAAUAUCCUUACUGAGAGUUCCAAAUUCAAUUUUCAAAUCAUUGACACAGGCAGAAUUUUUUAAGAGCAGAAAAACAUUGACUGUGUGGCAAAUGUGAGAAGGUAAUUUUAGCUGAACCUUGACUUAAAGGGAAAGGUUAGGACUUGUUUAAAUGGAGCUGAAAUUGUUUCUGGACUUGUUUAAAUGGAGCUGGACAAGUUUCAAAAAGCUGAAAUAUUUGCAGGAGUGAUUUCAUCCCUCUUUUUAGAUGCUGCUGUUCAGAGCUGAAGUAAUUAAUUGUUGAUUUACCCUUGGAAGCACUGGAAUCCAUUUUACUUGUAUUUAGGAGAUUAAAAGAAUUAAGUAAAAUUUCCUCAAAACUGUUGUCAUCCAUUUCCCUCUGUUUCCUAUCACAACAGAUAUUUUCAAUAACAGUUUCUUAUCACUACCACUGAAGCUGCAAUGCUAAAUUUGUGCUUUCUAGAUCUCUCUCUUGGCAAAUAAUUUGAUAAAAAGCAAAAUUCUGAUUUGUAGGAAAGCAUGUGGAACUUUCUGAAUGUUGAACAGUGGAAAUUGUGUCCCUCUCUGCUUUCUUGGGAUGCUCCCCAUGAAAUGAAGUUCUAAAGUGUGAUCAGGAAUUUGUAAAAUGUGUCUAAUAGUCUUCAUCUGUUUAGACUUUAUGAUUUUUUUAUUCUACUGUUUUUUUUCCUGUUAAAAUUGUCUUUAUCAUGACAGGAAAUCUUUUAUAUUCCCUUGUCACAAGGUGCUUCUGCUUCUUCCUGCAUUGCUUGCUGUUUUCUUCCAAUCCAUUAUCUGUCUUAGUAGCUCAUUCUUUUUCCCCUAAGAGUUAGAUAAGGGUAAACUCUGCAAGGUGAUAAAAUUCUGUAAAAGUAGAAAUACAGGCCUGCAGUAAAGAUAUCAACAGCCAUAGCAUUUUGCUUUUAGCUCAUGCAAUGUACUUCAGUUUUCAAAGCAUUUUGAAGACCUGCUGCAGCUUGAAAGUUCCUUUUCUUUUUUCAGGGUACAAAGUAGAAAUCUGAAAUUAGAUGUGGGUGUAGCUGCAGGAGAGAUGACAGUGCUGUGACCAUCCCUGCUGCCUGCAGGAAGUGCAGGGCCUUGCUGGAUCUCAGCAGGUGACAGGAGUGGCCUCUGGGUGACAUCUGGUGGCAGAUUCAUCACUUGCCUGGAGCUGCAGUGCUGAGGAGACUGUGCAGAAUAAGCUGCUUUAUCCCACUCCUUGCUGGCAACAAAAUGCCCUGAAAUUGCCAGGUAACCUCUUGCCUUGAUCUAAAGGAAAGCUUGAAGGGAAUCCCUCAGCAGAAUGAAAAGUAAGAAACCUCCUAUCUUUCCAGUCUAACCUUAAAGAAAUGACAAAAAUACAACAUUUAUUGGACUUGUUGCCAGUAGUAAUUGCCCUUACAGAAACUCUUUAGAGACAUGGGCUAGAACAGAGCAGAGAUUUUUGUGAAUGUGAUGUUUGUGCAGGGAGGCAUCUGCUGGAAGGAGCAAAGGAUGUGUAAUUCCUGCACAGCCACCUCUUCUCUGCCCUCAGAGCAUAAAUUGCAAGGGAAAUAACAUCAUGUUGUACAUGCUGCCAUAAAUCACUCAUUUUAUAACCAGUAAAAGCCUGAGCUGCUCUCUAGAUGAGGCUGGGGUGCCUUGCCAGCAUUUUCCCACAUAAGACUAUUGAAAGGAAAUGGUGAUUUUUAGUAACUUAACUGUGAUUUAACAAAACAGGCUCAUCUUUGGUAUCUGAGCUUUCUUCCUCCUCAGCUGCUGAGGUCUGUUGUCCCAAAUAAUGGACAGGAGCAGCUUUCAGGUAAGGAAUGAGUGACUGAAGUCCACCAGGAGAGGUGGCAGAACACACUCAGCCCCUCAGUGUCUUUCCUCUGUUUCAGGAGCCUGUAGAAGAUCACUGCAAGUGUCCUCUGAAGCAGCCUGGAUAACUCCAAGUGUGCUGUUUGAAUACUAUGUUAGAAUUCCAAAAUACCAAACCAAAUGUUUUGAUUUUUCCUCUUGGCAAAUUGCAGAACCUCCCAAGCACAAGGAAAAACAUGUUCAAGCUGUCACAGGCCUUACUGCAAAGGCUGUUUUAGGUACCCCUGGCUGUCACUGGGUCAUCUGGGUUGUGUGGGUGGGUGUUGCACUGGGGUCUCUGCUGUGUCUGGCUCUUUUGUCCUAGGGUGGGCCCUUUACAGUGCCCUGAGUGCUUCUGCAGGCAGCAUUUUAGUGCCAGUCAGGAGGCUGUUUUUGAGGAAAAUGCUGUGUUUGCUGCCACACCCACAGUUGCUGUGAUCUGAUUCACAUUACAGAACGUUCCCCCUGGAGUUCCCUUGGGACAAAAUGCACCAGGGAGAUCCUGCAGCCCUGUGGAUACCCUGCAGUCUGUGAGGCACUCAGGCUGCAGGACCACCCUGGAGCUGGCUGGCAGCAAACCCCCAACACAUUCAGAGAUGCUGUGCUGGCAGCAUCUCAGCAGCAGCUGUUUCAUGCUCCUGUUGCACAGCACUGUUUGCUAAUGUAAACACAGCUUAGGGGUGAUGAAAAUGGUAAUAUGGCCUCCUUAGGAUGAAAUUAAAUUCGUUUUCAUCCUAAUGCCUUCUUAAAAUGUGUGUAUAUAAAUGUACAUACAUAUUUUUAACAAGUCUUUCACUCACUUUCUAGCAUUUCCCUUGCAGGAUUUAUAUUUCAAAUGCAGUAAUUGUCAGCUCCUCUUUAACAGCAAUAAGCAUAAGACAUCAUGUCAGUACUUGUUCAUUUAUUCCUUUUUCUCAGUUCAUUAGUGUUAUUUAUUGCCUGGCUGGAUUUUGAGUAUUAAUGAAUUCUCCUCAAAGUUUGCAUUUUUUAUUGAAAUAAAUCGAUCCCUUU